CGCUCGUAUUAUUCGCUGUCAGCCGUCGCAUGCCUCUCCUUUCUCCCAUCCCCCUUUACGAAACCCUUCAUCUUUGCCGCUCUCCUCUUUCGUCGCUCUUUUUCACGGCCAGCCGGAAGGAGCUCCCCGCAUCGUUCCAAGGCAAGACACUAGCUAGACGUCUACCCUGAUCCAGCUCAAUCUCCUUCCAUGCCCCCCUCUCCUUCCUAGACUUAUUGCACCUGCAAAACAGUCAAUAUGCCUCUCAUUCGCAGGUCCUUUUCACUGGCAGUCGCCUUCUUCACGGUCGUGGCCUUCUUCCACCUCCUCAACCUCCACUCAAACGAGCCUAUAAGCCCCGUACCCUUGCGUUCCUAUGCCGACAGGAACCUCCAAAAGCCCGUCCAAUGGAAAGACGUCCCGGAACGCUAUCCUCUAAGCACCUUUACCUCGCUGCCGGCAGCGAAGGCCACCAGCAUCCCUAAGAUUCAGUAUGACGGCUUUUUGGAAGAAACACUCGAGCAACAAAGUCAGAGGGAGGCGAGGCAGCAGGCUGUCAAGGCGAGUUUCCUGCGCUCGUGGCAUAGUUACAAGACGUAUGCGUGGCUGCAGGACGAGCUCACGCCUCUCUCUGGCAACUACAAAAACACCUUUGGUGGUUGGGGUGCUUCGUUGGUUGACGCUCUAGACACGCUUUGGAUCAUGGGUUUGCAUGAAGAGUUUGAAAUUGCUUGCAAGGGGCUAAAGAAGAUUGAUUUUACUACGACCGACAUGAUCUCGCUGAACAUCUUUGAGACUACGAUCCGUUACCUGGGAGGUCUUCUCUCCGCCAACGACCUCAGCGGCGGAAAAUACCCCAUACUGAAGGAGAAGGCGCUCGAGCUUGGCGAAAUGCUCUACCGUGCAUUCGACACGCCUAACCGCAUGCCCGUUUCGCACUGGAACUGGAGGAAAGGAGCCGAUCAUGAGGAGCAGCGACCCUCUUCUCAAGCCGUCUCCGCGGAAGUCGGGUCUCUGUCCCUUGAGUUUACUCGCCUCUCCCAGCUCACCGGUGACCCGAAAUAUUACGACGCAGUCCAGCGUAUUGCGGAUGAAUUCGAGGCGCAGCAGAACGACACGAAGAUUCCCGGCCUUUGGCCCAUUAUUGUCAACCCGAGAAAGGGCACCUUUACGGAUGACAGGAGAUUCACGUUUGGUGGUAUGAGCGAUUCCCUUUACGAAUACUUCCCUAAGCAGUACCUCUUGCUUGGUGGAGUCAUGGACCAAUACCGCUACAUGUACGAGGGCUCCAUCGAGGCUGCCAAGAAAUACAUGUUCUGGCGUCCCCUGAACAAGGAUAACAAGGACAUUCUGAUUUCUGGCACGAUUUCGAACAACGCAGCGAACGAAAUCAAGCUGGACCCUGAGGGCCAGCAUCUCGGCUGUUUCGUGGGCGGUAUGGUUGGCAUUGCGGCCAAGAUUUUCGACCGCCCCGACGAAGUGAAGCUUGCGCGCCAACUCACUGACGGCUGUAUUUGGGCCUACGAGUCGAUGCCGACGGGCAUCAUGCCGGAGAUCUUCCAUGCUGUCCCCUGCACCGACCCCACGGACUGCUUAUGGUCCGAGGAGCGCUGGAUCGAAGGUGUGCGCCAAUACACCGGUAAAAGCACCGCCGAAGACGCGCUCAGCGUUAUCGAACGCCACAACCUGCCCUACGGCUUCACCGACGUACGUGACAAGCGGUACCUGCUGCGGCCUGAAGCCAUCGAGAGCGUUUUCAUCAUGUACCGUAUCACGGGCGACCGCAUGUACCAAGAAAAGGCGUGGAAGAUGUUCAAGGCGGUAGAGAGGGCGACGCGCACGGAGAUUAGCAACGCCGCUAUCAACAACGUCAACGACCCCGAGGAGGUCCUCAAGGUGGAUUCGUGCGAGAGCUUCUGGAUGGCCGAGACACUCAAGUACUACUACCUCAUCUUCAGCGAGCCCGAGUUGAUCAGCUUGGACCAGUUUGUGUUCAACACCGAGGCUCACCCGCUGAGGAGGCCGGCGUCUUAUUAAGCGUCGAAGCUAUCACGGCUACAUAGAUGAUAGAUGGUUAGACCGGCCGCAAAGGCUUGGGCGGAUCCACAGGAGACCGCAGGCGUUUGGAGCGUUUGGUAUAGACACGCACGCGGGAUUCGCGAGGAAAUAACGCGGGCUUGGAAAUUGUUCAUUGUUGUAUCAGGAAUUAUAUGUACAAAGUUGGCGUACAGGCACGUAGUUGAAUACAGUGUCAACAUGACGGGACCAAUGUUAAGGAU